AUGGAAUACGUGCAGCUAGGAAAAUCUGGCCUGAAGGUCUCAAAGGUGAUCCUGGGAGCGAUGUCCUUGGGAGAUCCGUCGCCCACGAUGGGCUGGACAAUCCCCGAAGCCCAAGCCCUGCCGAUCCUCAAGCAUGCUUAUGACUUGGGUAUCAAUACAUGGGAUACCGCCAAUGUCUAUUCCAACGGCCAGUCAGAACGCAUUAUUGGGAAAGCUCUUCGCGAAUACAAGAUCCCUCGCGAACGUGUGGUCAUUUUGUCGAAGAUCUUCAGCGGCAUGCCCGAAGAUAUAGAUAAGCUGACCGACGCCGAAAGAUUUACGAAGAUGUCUGUCAAUGAUGGAGACAUGGUGAACCAAGUCGGGCUUUCAAGGAAGAACAUCUUUGCUGCCGUGGAUGCGAGCAUCGCCCGUCUCGGGACUUAUAUGGAUGUCUUGCAGAUCCAUCGCUUGGACCGCGAAACCCCGCGUGAGGAGAUCAUGAAAGCUUUGAAUGAUGUUGUUGAGAGCGGGAAGGCGCGCUACAUUGGCGCUUGCUCGAUGCAUGCGUGGGAGUUCCAAACGCUCCAGAAUAUCGCGAAAGAGAACGGCUGGCACCAGUUCAUUAGCAUGCAGGACUACUACAGUUUGCUCUUUCGUGAGAAUGAGCGAGAAAUGAUCCCCUAUUGCCGAGACACCGGAGUUGGCGUCAUCCCCUAUUCUCCGCUUGCGCGGGGUCUGCUCACUCGACCGUACAGUACAGAGCCAACGACCCGCCAGAAGACCGAUGUUUUCGCCGACUUCCUUCUUGGAAAGACCACAAGUGCGGAUAUUGAGAUCAUUGGGCGAGUAGAAGAGCUUGCGAAACGCAAGGGCGUUAGUAUGGCUACCAUCGGGCUCGCUUGGUGUACUGCUCGAGGAGUAAUUCCGAUUGCUGGGCUUGGAAGUAUCGACAGAGUCAAUGAGACGGUCGAGGGAUUCAAGGUGGCUAAGGCAGGGCUUCUUGAGAAAGAGGAUAUCGACUUCCUCGAGGAGAAGUAUGUGGCAAAGCCUGCAUUUGGUGGAAUGUAGCUCAAUCAAUCCACAUAAUUAGGAUGGUGGCCGGAAACAAUUACGUAGGCAUCUUUUUGAUCUAGUUAGGCAACAAGCUCUU